AUGGAAGUUGAUCCACCUUCAAAUGGAAAUUCGAUGAAUUUAGAUGAAUUUUAUCAAGUUAAUAUUCGAGUGAGUUCGAAAUAUGAUGUCAUUUUUAGCUAUUUUCUAUUUUAGGACACAAAUACGACUGAAAGCACUUUCAAAAUCCCAAGGAGAUAUGUUCAUUUGGAGUUUUUGAAUGCUGGAGCACAAGGAACUGUUGUGUAGGUUUUGAAAAUUUGAUAAACUUACUUGAAAUUGGAUAGAAUAAGUAGGUGAACCGCGGAGGAAAAGUGCAAAAAAACCGCGAAACGAAAAAAAAAAGAAAAAUUGUCGGUUCCUAGGCCAUGUUUCCUCGUCCGCCCAGUUUCCGGGUUUUUUGAAACCUCAAAUCAAGCUUCAAGCUUGAUUUCAAGACAGGAAUAUAUGAUUUUUGUAUGGAAGCGACUCAGAAGGUCACGCUGUAUCAAUUCCAAGCUCGAAAUAAAUUUUCACAAUUUUUUGAAGCCUAGAAACAUAAAAAAACGAGGAAAAACAGCAAAUGCGCCCCAAUGCAAACAAUUUGUUUUCCUGUGAAAUUUUGAAAACACAUUUUCGAGCUCCGCGGAUGAUCUGAUAACCUGUAGAAAUUGAUGACCGAAAAAUUGUCGGUUCCUAGGCCAUUUUUUCUCGGCCGCCCAGCUUCCGGGUUUUUUGAAAAUUGAAAAUCAAGGAAUUUUUAUGGAAAAUGUCACGUUGUAUCAAUCACUGUGCCCUGAACGCGAAAUGCGCCAACGUGUCUGGUGCCAUCCACUCUUUUUCGCACUCUCUCGCUGCCUCUCUUGUUUUCUCAUCCACUCUCUCGUUAACACACGCUCUCUUGUUUUCUUUUUUUCUCAUCCACCCUCCUCGAAGCGCACACACACUCUCGCCUUCUUUUUGUUUUUCAUUCAAUUUUAGAAGGAAAGGAACUGUUUUAACAGUUGGGAGCAUAAAAUAACAUAUGAAAAUGAAUGAAAAUGUGAAAAUUAUCAUAAUUGAAGGAAAAUAUAGAUGAUUCUCAUAGUUAUAAAUAAGAAAUUUGUUUCACAAUGAAAAAAUAGUCAAAGUAGAGCUCUAAUGAUGAAAUAUCGGAUUUUCUAGAUUUGAAAAAUCAACCUCACAAGUUAAAGUGAAGAAAGGAAAGUAAGAAUUAGAAAAACAUUCUGAAAAAGUAAGAAAUGAUAAACGAAGGAGUUUUAUAAAGUGCCUAGAUAUUUAUAGGACUGAUUUUUAUUUAAUUUUAGGUCAAAUCAUUCGAAAAACGAGUUUAAAAUUUAUAAAUAUCAUUAGAAAAUCACUAAACACAACUAACUGACUAAAAACUAACAAAAUUUCAGACAAAACCGUAAGAUUCUGAAAUGGUUCCUUUUUGCAUUCAAUGCAUUCAAAAUAGUGUGAAUAGUCAGUAUUACGAGUCAAAUUAUAAUAUUAGAUCAAUUUUUAUCACUUUCAUUUCAAAUUUAUAGAUUUAUGAUUGAAAUAGUUGGAUUUUGAAAAAUGAUAACUUGGCAUCAUCAUUUUUGAGGCAAAAGAUUGGAGAUAUGAGAAACAGACAAGAAAUGAGGUUAAGUGAAAUAGGUACUUUUAAUCCUCCUCUACAGUUCACAUUGGUUACUUUUUUCGAAAAAAUACCCCAUUUUCUUUAAAUUUCGAAAAAACAAAAAAAAUGGAAAUUUUCUGAACAAAAAAUUCAAAAUGUUUGUAAUCAGUAAGUGCGCUCCAGCGAAACAAAAAAAAACUACACAAAAAGCGUCAGUCUCCUUGUGGCGCUUUUCGCGUUUUUCAUUCUCUGGGCACAGUGAUCAAUUCCAAGCUCGAAAUAAAUUUUCACAAUUUUUUUGAAGCCUAGAAACAUCGAAAUUAACACAAAACGUGGGUAAGAAGCAGCAAGUGCGCCCCAAUGCAAAAAAAAUUUUCCAGUAAAAUUUUGAACAUUUUCCAGCUCCGCUUCAUCAUUUCCAAACUUAAAACACAUUUCCACAAUGUUUUGAAACCUAAAGACCUCAAAAUUAACACAAAACGAGGAAAAACAUCAAAUGCGCCCCAAUGCAAAAAUAUUUUUUUCUGAAAAAUUUGAAAAAACAUUUUCCAGCUCCGCUUCAUCAUUUCCAAGCUCGAAAUAAAUUUUGAAAUUUUUUUGAAGCCUAGAAACCUCAAAAUUAACACAAAACGAGGAAAAACAGCAAGUGCGCCCCAAUGCAAACCAUUUUUCCCCACAAAUAUUCAAAAUUUCCAGCUCCGCUGAUGAUCUAAUAACCGGCAAAAAAGUGGCGAUCAAAAAGCUGCAACAACCAUUCCUAAUGACAAUGAGCGCCAAAAGAGCCUAUCGUGAAUUCAUCCUAUUGACAACCAUCAAACAUCCAAAUGUGAGUGUGAUCUCUUGAAGUGCAGUGCAGCAUACUAAAAAUAUUUUUUUUUAAUUUCCCGAGGGAAAUAUUUAUAUUUAUAUUUUAUUUAUAACUUUAUAUAAAAAUAAUAAUUUCUGAUUUUAGAUCAUCCGAUUAUUGAACGCUUUCACACCCGAUCCAUCAUUAGCCACUUUCGAGGAAGUUUAUCUGGUUAUGGAAUUGAUGACACACAAUUUACACGAAGUUGUGCACAAAUUGAAGUUGGACCAUAAAACGCUGUCAUUUUUCGUCUAUCAAAUGCUGUGCGCUAUUAAACAUUUGCACAAUUCGGGAGUUAUUCAUAGGGUGAGUUAAAUCAAGAUUGUUUUUUUUUCAUGAAUUUUAAACCCAAAAAGAGUCUAGUUUUCAAUUUUUAAGUUGCAAACACAAAUUUCUCCUUUUUUUCAUAUAAAUUGAGAUUUUCCCAGAAAAAUGGAAAAAAAUUGCAAAAAAAUGAAAAGAAAACAACGAGACUCCGCGUUGACGUUGCACGCGCGCGUGUUUUGAAUUUAUUUUUUUCAACGGGCUCUCAUUUUUCAGCGAAAACUCAUAAAAAUGUUCUGAAUUUUUGCAUCAAACUAGACUAUAGUUAAACUAAACUAAAUCCAAUAUUUCAGGACCUCAAGCCCUCCAACAUCGUCGUCAACGACAAAUGCGUGUUAAAAGUGCUGGAUUUCGGCCUGGCCCGCAAGAAAAACGUGGACACCGCAAUGCGAAUGUCGGAUUACGUGGUGACAAGAUAUUAUCGAGCACCGGAAGUGAUUUUAGGCUUGGCCUAUUCAGAAAAAGUCGAUAUUUGGUCAGUUGGUUGUAUUUUUGCGGAAAUGAUCAAUCAUUCGGUUUUGUUCCCAGGGAGAGAUCGGUAAACUUUGAAUUUUUUGAUUCAGGGGAAAUCCCAAGCUAACCAAAAAUGUUCUAGAAUCGAUCAAUGGACAAAAAUCUACACAGUCUUGGGAACACCCAGCGACGAAUUCGUAAAUCGCCUCGGCCAAUCAGCCGCAAUGUAUGUUCGCUCCUUGGUUCGAGCACCGCCGAAACCAAUGACUGAGAUUAUUCCUGACUCGAAUUUCCUCACCGAAACCGAAAAUCCACGAGUUCAUCUAACUGCGCAAGUUGCAAGGAAUUUGGUGGAAAAUAUGUUGAUUAUCAAUCCGGAUCGAAGAUAUUCGGUGGAAGAUGCGUUGAAUCAUGCAUAUGUUAAAUUGUGGUUUAAGGUGAGCAAUAGGAGACUGUGCAGAUAUGUUUUGAGACAUUUUUUGAAACCUAUUAUUUCCGGGUGAAAAAUUGAGCAAAAAAAUAAUAAAAAAAACGUUUUUUUUUUGUCAAAAAAUGUUUUUUUUCGACCUUUUCAACUUGAAGAAAAGUUCUGCUAACUCAAAAAAUCUGAAUUUUUCAAAUUUUUUGAUAUUCAGCGAAUUUAGAGGUUCCGAAAUGUUGAUUUUGAGCAAAGUUAGGCUAACUUUUGAAAAAAACCUUUUUUUCUGUUGUAAAGCCAAGUUCGCUCUACCGCACACAUAUUCUAUUUGUGUGUAUUUCUCUCGGAAUUCAAUAAGUUUAUUUUCAUUUUCUAAAUAAGCCACGCCCACAAAACCGUGCCGCAUUGCUUCUAGUCUCAACAUUUCGCUGUUUUCCCAAGCCACGCCCACAAAACCGCGCCGCAGGCUCAAAAUUUCAUGAUUUUCUAGUUUCCAAAUAAGCCACGCCCACAAAACUGAGCCGCAGGCUCAAAAUUUCGCUGUUUUUCUAAGCCACGCCCACAAAACCAUGCCUCAGAGCUUCUAGACUCAAAAUUUCGCUGUUUUUCCAAGCCACGCCCACAAAACCGUGCCGCAGGCAUUCUAGACUCAAAUUUUCGCCGUUUUUCCAAGCCACGCCCACAAAACCGCGCCGCAGGCUCAAAAUUUCAUGAUUUCCUAGUUUCUACAUAAGCCACGCCCACAAAACCGUGCCGCAUUGCUUCUAGUCUCAACAUUUCGCUGUUUUCCCAAGCCACGCCCACAAAACCGCGCCGCAGGCUCAAAAUUUCAUGAUUUUCUAGUUUCCAAAUAAGCCACGCCCACAAAACUGAGCCGCAGGCUCAAAAUUUCGCUGUUUUUCUAAGCCACGCCCACAAAACCAUGCCUCAGAGCUUCUAGACUCAAAAUUUCGCUGUUUUUCCAAGCCACGCCCACAAAACCGUGCCGCAGGCAUUCUAGACUCAAAUGUUCGCCGUUUUUCCAAGCCACGCCCACAAAACCGUGCCGCAGAGCUUCUAGACUCAAAUUUUCGCUGUUUUUCCAAGCCACGCCCACAAAACCGUGCCGCAGAGCUUCUAGACUCAAAUUUUCGCUGUUUUUCCAAGCCACGCCCACAAAACCAUGCCGCAGGGCUUCUUAUGGCCAAAUUUUCGCUGUUUUUCCAAGCCACGCCCACAAAACCGUGCCGCAGAGCUUCUAGCCUCAAAAUUUCGCUGUUUUUCCAAGCCACGCUCACAAAACCGUGCCGCAGGCUCAAAAUUUCAUAAUUUUCUAGUUUCUAAAUAAGCCACGCCCACAAAACCGUGCCGCAGAGCUUCUAGCCUCAAAAUUUCGCUGUUUUUCCAAGCCACGCCCACAAAACCGUGCCUCAGAGGUUCUAGACUCAAAAUUUCGCUGUUUUUCUAGUUUCUAUAUAAGCCACGCCCACAAAACCGUGCCGCAGAGGUUCUAGACUCAAAAUUUCGCUGUUUUUCCAAGCCACGCCCACAAAACCGUGCCGCAGGCUCAAAAUUUCACGAUUUUCUAGUUUUUAAAUAAGCCACGCCCACAAAACCAUGCCGCAGAGCUUCUAGGCUCAAAAUUUCGCUGUUUUUCCAAGCCACGCCCACAAAACCGUGCCGUAGGCUCAAAAUUUCAUGAUUUUCUAGUUUCGAAAUAAGCCACGCCCACAAAACCGUGCCGCAGGGCUUCUAGAGCUCAAAAUUUCUCUGUUUUUCCAAGCCACGCCCACAAAACCGUGCCGCAGAGCUUCUAGCUUCAAAAUUUGCGAUGUUUUUCGAAGCCACGCCCACAAAACCGCGCCGCCGAGCUUCUUAGGGUCAAAUUUUCAUGAUUUUUAGCUUCUAGACUCAAAAUUUCAUGAUUUUCCCGAAUUUUGGCUCAAAAAACGCGCAAAAAAUCAAAUUCCAGGACGACGAAGUCAACGCUCCGGCCUCCGAAAAUCGCUACGAUCAAGAAAUCGAUUUCGCCGACAAGACACUUCAGGAAUGGAAGCAGCUGAUCUAUCAAGAAGUUCAACGAUUCCAAAGAGAUCACAACAUCUUCCGAGACUAA